GGAGCUCGGCCGGCGCGAUGUGUAGCGCGGGCCGCUGCUGGGCUGCAGGAGGGGCGCUGCUGGGGCUGCUGUUGGCACUAUCAGUGCCCAGCGGUGGCUCCUCCAAGACCGGCAGGGGGCCGGUGACCUGCGGGUCGGUGCUGAAGCUGCUCAACACUCAGCACAGGGUGCGGCUGCACUCGCACGACAUCAAAUACGGAUCUGGUAGCGGCCAGCAAUCAGUGACCGGCGUGGAGGCGUCCGACGACGCUAACAGCUACUGGCGGAUCCGAGGUGGCUCGGAUGGAGGUUGCCCGCGCGGGCUCCCGGUGCGCUGCGGGCAGGCUGUACGUCUCACGCACGUGCUCACAGGCAAGAACUUGCACACGCACCACUUCGCGUCGCCGCUGUCCAACAACCAGGAGGUGAGUGCCUUUGGGGAAGAUGGUGAGGGUGACGACCUGGAUCUGUGGACAGUGCGCUGCUCUGGGCAGCACUGGGAGCGUGAGGCCCCUGUGCGCUUCCAGCAUGUGGGCACCUCUGUGUUCCUGUCUGUCACUGGUGAGCAGUACGGGAACCCCAUCCGUGGGCAGCGCGAGGUGCAUGGCAUGCCCAGUGCCAACACUCACAAUACCUGGAAGGCCAUGGAAGGCAUCUUCAUCAAGCCUGGUGCGGAGCCCCCUGCAAGUCACGAUGAACUCUGAGUGCUGGAAAGGAGGGUGGCUGGGCAGGGACAUUGUAGGGACCACUUUUGUUGGAGACUUAGUAUUUGUUCUAAAGUGCCUUUGCAAUUAAAGAAUGUUUGACUUUGA